UCCUAUGGGGGAAUGGGCGGUGUUUGGGCUUUUUCAGCAGAGGGCAGUGUACGAAAACGGAUGUAGUAGAGGAAGAACUCAGGAAGCUUGACAAAAUGGGAAAGCGUUGGAGGCAAACUUUUUACUUUAGCAGUGUUUAAGGGCGACGUUGGCGUUAACCCGAAAGACAAAAAUCGCUGAAAGUGAAGGACACUGCAGUUCGGACCUGAGCGUCCAACGUCCUAUCAAUUGACAUGGCUUCACGGAUAAACGAUGUCAUGAACCUUUGCUGUAAAUUGUCAGCACACGAACAGAUCAAGGUUGCAAUAAAAAACUCCACCAAAGGAGCAGUGGUGGCAGGAGGAUGUGCAUUCUUAGGUGGAGUGUGUGCUGGACCGGCAGGGAUCGCUGUUGGCGGAGCUCUAGGUGGGCUGAUGGGUAGCUGGCUAACUCGCGGUCAGUUUAGACCUCUGCCGGAGCUCUUGAUGGAGAUGUCAGCCAAUCAAAAACAGCAACUCUAUGAUGAGGUUGUAAAUGUGUUAAGUGGACUGGACUGGAUGGAUGCUGCCCAGCUCAUCGCCCUGGUGAUGGGCAAUAGCACACUGCAGCAUCAGGUGAUUGCUACACUGCUCAACUACGUCACUAAAGAACUGAGAGCUGAUGUCCAGUACCAGGUGUGAUAGAAUGAACAGUCGGAAAGGUAAAAAAAAACUUCAGUGCUUCAAAAACUGUUGUUUCCCAUUUGUAUUUAUUCGAUUAACAAUCUAUUGUCAUUACCUGGAUAAUUGACUGAUUAUUUACUUAUGUGUAUAAGAUGUUGACAAAUAUAUAAUUAAAGGUGAAGUAACACAAA